CAAUGACAAAGUUUUCAAUCUCCCAAGAUUACAGUCCUACUUUACAAAAAUAUAAAUUAGUGUUCUUGGGGGAGCAAAGUGUUGGUAAAACUUCUAUUAUUACAAAGUUUAUGUACGAUAGUUUUGAUACAUCUUACCAAGCAACUGUAGGAAUAGAUUUCUUAUCAAAAACUAUGUACUUGACGGAUAAAACUGUACGUUUACAAUUAUGGGACACGGCUGGACAAGAGCGCUUUCGCUCUUUAAUUCCGGCAUACAUUAGAGAUUCUUCAGUUGCUGUAGUUGUAUAUGACAUCACAAAUGAAGAAUCUUUUCAUCAAACAACAAAGUGGAUAAAUGACGUACGAAGCGAACGAGGAGACGCCGUUAUAGUAUUUCUUGUAGGAAACAAAGUUGAUUUAAGUGAAUUACGACAAGUAUCACAUCAAGAUGGUGAAGAAAAAGCCAGAGAAUUAAACGUUAAUUUUGUUGAAACUAGCGCAAAAGUAGGUUUAAAUAUUAAGUUAUUAUUCAAGAAAAUUACUGAAACGUUAGUGGUUAGUGAUGAGCCGAAAAAUGAUUUUGGUGACAUGCAAGAAAUUACUCUAGAAAAAAAUUUGUACCCCCUCGAGAAAACCUGUGCUUGUUAAUUAACAUAAGUUGAACUUUGUAUAAGAAAACAUGUAUUUACAGUAAAUUGGUUACAAUCUAAAUUAAA